AUGGAGAAUCCCACAGGGGAGGAUCCGCCGGUGGAGGACGCUGCUCGGUGUGAUCGGUACACCAGCAGUGAAGAGGAGCAAGCCCGUCCGGCCCCGACCACCGAGGAGAGAGUGGCGGGGAAAAGGCCCGCGGCGUCGGACAUCAACCCCGACCACGCCGCCGACCAGAGGGUGGCCGAGCCUGCUUGUGCCGCUGAGGACACCACGCCACAGACCACAGAUCAGCCUGCGGCGACGGCUGCUGCUACAGGCGCCGAGGGAGAGUCUGCCCCGGCGAGUGUCGCGGCGAGCACUCCACUGAGGGAUGGGGAGGCAGCAAGGACCGCUCCCCCGAGUAGCGUCGCGGAAGGGGAAGACAGAGCCCCGACCCCUCCCCCUGCCGAAGAGAGGGGAGUCCCAACGCCACCCCGGGCGGGGGCCUCUUCGUCCGCAGGCUCCCCGGGCCUGGUCCAGGGGCCGGUGAUGCCUGCGACCACGACUGGUGGCGGUGCGGCGAAUGAGGAAACCCAGGCGGCCUUCGACGAUGAGGUGGAGGAGAUAGAAGCUUCAAGAAGAGACGAGGAUGGCGCGCGCGUGCCUGCGUGCCGCGGGCUGCGGCUCCGGCUGCUGCUAAUCGCAGGCCUAAUCCAAGUUGGCUUCCGCGUGACGCCGCCGCCGCCCGCCGCAGCAGCGUGCUCUGAUCCAGAGAAUUUGAGCUAUAAAACUGGGCGCGUUCUCGCGUCGUGA